AUAUGAUGUACAAAAAAUUUAAUAAAGCCAUAUUGUGAAAGGUAUGAUGUGUGUUGAUUUGCACCUACCUUUUUCACUCAACUGCAUUUAUAUUUUAUGUUUUAAAUCUCAUUGACUUGAACUUUUUCUCUAUUUUUAAGUUCAUUUUAUUGCUUUCUCUUCUCUACCUUACAUAAUAAUAUCACAUGAUCCAGUAAAAUAAAUAAAAAUAAAAUAAACAAAGCAUUGGCAAUCCCCUUUGGUGAGAUAGUUAUAGGCACAUAGUAGAUUCUGGGGGUCUCAUCCUUCCUUUGCCCCUUCAAUUCACAUCCUCCAUCACUCUACAUCUUCUCUUCCUCAAACAAAUCAAAACAAAAAAAAAUUACAAUUUGUACAUAGCAUGUUUCUAAAGCACCAAAAUUCAAUCAUCAAAACUCAACACGCAAUCAAAAACUCAACAACCUCGCCUCCAAACCAAGGACUCCAUUGAAAACACAUCACCCAAUAAGACAAAAACAACAACAAUGGCAAACCAAGCCAUAAAUGCAUGGGGUGGGUUUCUCUCUCCAUGUUAUCAUUAUUAUUCCUAGAGAGGUAGACAAAUCAACCAUGGAAGAAGCGUAAAGAAAAAUUGACCUUUUCGGGCGCAUGUGGAAGCAUCUCACAAAAGACCUUCAAUGCAAGUCCUCUAGUACUCCCAAAGCAUUGAAGGAAGGAGAAAUUCUCCGGAAGGAAGGAAGGAAGCGUGUAGAGAGGGAGAGAAGCAAAGAAGGAAAUGGGAGGGGGAAGUGGAGACGGCAAGGAGGGGGAGAUAGAGAGCAGCGGUGGCCAUGUGGGCACAAUCGAGGAGGACGAGGACGAGGAAGAUGAGAGAAGGGGAAGCAGGGGUGGGAAUGAUGUGGACAUCAUCCGGAAUGUUCUGGCCGUGCAGCACGUUCCCGUGGUGGGCUCGCUUGCUUGGGACAAGCUCCAGCACCUGCUCCACUCCCUCUCGGACCGCAUCACCUCCCAGAGUGCUCGGCUAGAAAAAGCUGAAGAACAAGCAAAAGUAAUAGCAAGUCUGAAAGACGAACUUAAUACCUUAAGCCAAAAUGUUGAAGCAACGGCCAAUGAAGCCAAAGAUACUCAUGCACAAGACUUGGCCCACUUUAUGGAACUUAUGGAAGCUAGAUUUAAUGCAAUUGAUGAAAUAGUGGAGCCGAUGAGGAACAGGAAAACAUCAUCGGAACUUAAUGACAUCUUAGAGAGACUCGCGGCCAUGGAAAAUGGGCACAAAGAAACAAAUUCCCAUGCCAGGAAACUUGAAGGCCAACUCAAGCAAAUCGACAACCACAUCCAACAAAUGGAUCACGACUUGCAAGAGCUUGACUCAGAGUUCACCAAUAAAGAGUCACAAGGACGUGGAAUGGAUACUUCCGACCUCACCAAGCGCAUGAACUUGCUUGAAGCGCAAAUGAAAGAGUUUCAAGAGUUGAUGAACCAAGUCACAAAAGCUCACACAGCUGAUCUUGAAGCUAUUCAAAAAACACAAAGAACAUUGCGUGCAGAUUUGGAGGCCAAACCAUUGCACUCACAUGGUGAAAGCAGUGGCAACAAUGCGGGUGUUGAUGAAUUGCAAAAAAGACUAGAAAGAAAAGCAGACAUUGAUGUGGUCGAGCAAUUGUUGCGUGCAUCAACAAACACUAAAGAGGGCCUUGAAGCAUUGUCAAGGUCUAUGGAAGAAAUGAAGAAAGGGAUCAACAAGUCAUCACGAUUUUCAGUUAAAAUGGAUGCUCCUCCAGCAUCUGGGGGAAGUGAUUUAAUUUCUACUCAAAGUGAUGACUUUGGAUCACAAGUUAAAAACAUAGAAGAUGAACUGGCAACUUUGAUGAGUAGAUUAUCUGCAAAAGCUGAUAGAUCUUCAAUUGAUGAGUUGGAAUUCAAAAUGGCUACGAAUUAUGGAAAUGGAGAUAAAACCAGAGAGAACAAUGGAGAUCUUCAAGAUGUUUUGAAGGAAAUACUUGCAAAAAAGGUUGACCGAGCUGAACUGCUUGAAUUAGUGAAAAGCAGUUGUGGAAGUGAUAUAAAAGAAUUGAUGGACCAAUUCAACACAUUAAAAGCGACCCAAGCACUGUUGGCAGAGCGGAGUGACCUGGCAGUUCUGCUGGCGAAACGAGUGGAGCAGAUCGCUCAUCCGGCGGCGGUGCUGCAUGGGGGAGGUGGCGGACUGCUGGGCAGCCACGUGGACGAUGAGGAGAUCCAGACGGUCAUUAACGAGCACGCCAACAGAAUCAUGGUCUACUCCGACAUGCUCCUCCAAAUCCAGGUUGCAUUGGCAAGCAAAGCUGAUAAUACAGCACUUGCAGCUUUGCGUGAGAGUGUAGAAAAAUUGCAAACUGUAGGCGUAGGAGGGGGUGGUGCUAAUGCAAAGGUUGUUCAAGAAGUACAACAAAAGGAACAAGAGCUGAUGAAAGGCACCAUCAAAAGUCAUGAAAAAAUGUUAAUGAAGUUACUAGAAGACGUAGGAUUAUUGGGAAAAGGAGUAUUGAUCAUGUCAGGGCAUGACAACGAGUUCCCACCGGACCACGUUACCCCGUUCCCUCCCGUGCUGACGUCAUCCACCGAGUCAGCACCCAUGUCACCUAGCUCCGUGGAGAGUGGACAGUCCCCCAAUUCAUUGGACGAACCAACACCGGAAUCCGACGUGGCAACCCCGCUCCCGUCACCAAGCAAACCGACCCCUCCAGCUCAGCACGCACCUCCACGUGACGAACACCCUCCUCCUCAAGCUUUGACUGCGACAACUCCCGCUCCGGCUGAGGUGGCAGCCGUCCCAGUUGUCACUACCCCGUUGGUGGAUGGAGUGCCAGAUGGGCAACCAGCAGCGGUAACGGGGGACGCAGAGACCCAUCCUCCUCCUCCUACUCCGGCACGGUCAUUGGCACUGAGCAAGAGACUGACGAGGUUUGGGAGCCUUAAUAAUAGUAGUAGUUCGGCAAGGCAGCCUUCGGUGCUGCGCAUCACUACUGUUCAUGAAGCCAGCCAAGCAGUGGCAGAUUCCAAAUAUCGUGAAACUCUUGGUGUCCUUGAGGAUGCCAUUAAUGAAAAAAAGCUUGAACCCAAAGAGAACGUGGCUGUGUUGAAGCGUUUGGUUAUGGAAGUUGAGAAGAUUUCAAUUGAAUUGGAGAGUAAUUUGAUCCUUAUUGAUAGUUUGGAACAAAAUAAACUUGACAAAAUUGAUUUCCAGGCACUAGCUAAGAUUGUAAAAGAGCUUAAAGCUAUGGAGAAUGCCAUGUUGUCAGGAAAACCCAUCUUAGGGUUUAAAUGCAUGUCUUGUAACCAUGAUUUGGAGAGGCUAAGUCCUAUCAGAGGCCCUGCAGUGCCCACAAAUCAAAUGCCGCGGAGUUUUCUAUCAAUGCUUUCAGCAGAGCGGAUAUUUUCAGCGAGCAAAAGAGAAUUAUCACCUACACGAACCCCACCAAUAACUCCAACUUAUGCAAAAAGUCACAAUGAAAUCAACAAAAAUCCUAAAAGAAAAAAUUCAUAUAAAAUACAUUGAUUUUUUAUUUUUUUAUUUAUUUUUACUAUGGAAUUUAUUAA